AUGCCAAAUCUACCCAGAAGUGAUGAUCUUGAGGGGACUUGGAAAUUUCUUGAAAAGGGAGUUUCACAAAUUAUGGAACACCUAGAAGAAGGAUUAAGCUUUUCAAGCUAUAUGGAAAAUUAUACAGUCGUAUACAACUAUUGUGCUCGCCCAAAAACAAAUACAAAUAUGUCUAUGAGUGAUGACUCAAAAGUUCUCACAAAAACUAUAGGUGCAAAUCUUCAAGGCAACGAGCUCUACUACAAUUUAGUUCGUUAUCUAUCAUCUCAUAUGCAAUCUAUUAAAAAUAAUUCUUUAAAAUGUAAUGGAGAGGCACUAUUACAGUUUUACUCACAUCAAUGGACAAGAUAUACAAACGCUAGUUUUUGUAUACAUCAUAUAUUUAAAUAUUUAAACAAUUUUUGGGUAAAAAGGAAAAUUGAUGAAGGGAAAACAGGUGUUUAUAACGUUUAUACACUUGCAUUAGUUAGAUGGAAACUUGAUAUGUUUAAUGAUAUUCAUGAAAAAGUAACUGAAACUUUACUAAAAAUUAUUGAAAGACAAAGGAAUGGGGAAUUAGUAAAUACAUCCCUUCUAAAAAAUGUGAUAAAUUCAUAUGUUUCUCUUGGGCUUGAUGAAAAAGAUUCAUCUAAAUUAGUAUUGGAUGUAUAUAGCAAUUUUUUUGAAAAACCAUUUAUAGAAUCUACUGAAAUAUAUUACAAGGCAGAGGCAAAAAAAUAUAUAUCUGAAAAUAGUAUUACAGAUUACAUGAAAAAGGUUGAAGCAAGAUUACAAGAAGAAAAAACUCGUAUACAAUUAUAUCUUCAUCCAAGCACAACCAAAAUUCUUAUGAAUGUUUGUGAUCAUGUUUUUAUACAAAAUUAUUCAGAACUUCUUCAAAAUGAAUUCCAAAAUAUUCUUAACUCUGAUAGACAAGAAGAUAUGACUCGUAUAUAUACUCUCCUUUCACGUAUUUCUAAUGGUGUAAAUCCAUUAAAAAUAAAAUUUGAAGCACACGUAUGCAAAGAAGGAUUGCUUGCUGUAGAAAAAAUAGCCAAUGAUUCUACUAAUUCUUUGGAUCCAAAACUUUACAUCAAUGCUUUACUAGAAGUUCGUUCACGAUAUAAUGCAUUAGUGCUCACUGCUUUCAAAGGAGACAUGGAAUUUAUAAAAGCAUUGGACAAUGCUUGCCGCGAAUUUAUUAACCGUAAUAAAGUUUGUCACUUAUCAUCAUCAAAAUCUCCAGAACUUCUUGCAAAAUACUGUGACACUUUGCUUAAAAAAAAUUCUAAAAUUUUAGAAAGAAAUGACUUUGAAAAUACACUUAUUAAUAUUAUGACUAUUUUUAAAUAUGUUGAAGAUAAAGAUGUAUUUCAAAAAUUUUAUUCAAAAAUGCUAGCUAAACGUUUGAUCAAUGGAACAUCUGUAUCUGAUGAAGCAGAAACAAGUAUCAUAUCCAAACUAAAAGAAGCAUGUGGAUUCGAAUAUACAAAUAAACUCCAAAGAAUGUUUCAAGAUAUAGGUGUAUCUAGAGGCCUUCAGGAAUCAUUUAAAGAGUCAUUACGACAAUCAUUAGAUUCAUAUAAUCUUUCAAUUGAUUUUUACAUUAUUGUUCUUGGAACAGGAUUUUGGCCUUUACAACCACCAUCAACUCCUUUUAAUAUUCCGAAUGAAUUAGUAAACAUUUAUGAAAAAUUCCAAUCAUUUUACCAAAAAAAGCAUAAUGGUCGUAAACUUAACUGGUUAUUUCAAUUAUCUAAAGGAGAAUUAAAAGCUAAUUAUUUACCAAAUAUGAAAAUAUCUCAUACAUUCCAAGUUUCUACAUAUCAAAUGGGAAUUCUUUUAGCAUAUAAUACAUCAACAACAUUUUCAUAUGAACAACUUCAAGAUAUAACAGCGUUAAAAAAAGAUGUUCUAGAUGCAUCUUUGAAUAUAUUAAUAAAAGCAAAAGUAUUGCUACUUUUUCCACCCAAUAUGGCAGUUGGGGAUAGCGGUACUAGAUACGAUUUAAAUAUGGACUUCAAAAGUAAAAAAAGUCGAACAAACCUUAAUAUACCAACAAAAAUUGAACAAAAACAAGAAAUUGAUGAAACACACAAAACAAUAGAAGAAGAUAGAAAACUUUUAAUGCAGUCUACAAUUGUUCGUAUUAUGAAAGCCAGAAAAGUCUUAAAACAUAUCGUUUUAAUACAAGAAACUAUUAGUCAAAUCAAAUCUCGAUUUAUUCCAAAAAUAUCAGACAUUAAACGAUGCAUUGAUGUAUUAAUUGAAAAAGAAUAUCUUGAACGACUAGGUAAAGACGAAUAUUCUUAUUUGGCAUAA